UGUAGGGGCAGCAAAUAGGAGUGGGGUUCGAACUGUUUUGACUGUGGGGUUAUAAGACGUUUGUGAAACUCCUGGGAAAGAGGCAGGUCUAGACUGUUAACGGGGAUGUGGGCCUAGAACUUUCUUGUGCAGGUUGGGGGAGCGGCUCUACCUAAAGCUCUCCUGGGAUAGAGGCCCGGGUUUAAACUCCCAGCACAGAGGUGUGGAGACUGACCUAGAAUUUUCGUUUUGAAGGGAGCAGUAUGGGAUGUUUUCCUAAAUGGUGGGGCGGGACCAGAACCCACCCAAGGUGGGUGUGAUUACAUUGUUUUUAUGGGAAAUGGGUGAGUCCAAAACGUUCCGGAGAGGACUGAGUCUAAACAUUUCCAGGAAUCCCGAGUGCUGUGUCCAGAUUCUGCAGGGAAGGUUUGCUGGGACCCUGGUCCCACCCUGCCAGCGGAAUGUCGGCCACACUGGAUCUGAAAUCGAAGGAGGAGAAGGAUGCUGAGCUAGAUAAGAGGAUCGAGGCUCUUCGGCGGAAGAAUGAGGCCCUCAUCCGGCGCUACCAGGAGAUCGAGGAGGACCGUAAAAAAGCUGAACUCGAGGGAGUAGCGGUGACAGCUCCCCGGAAGGGCCGCUCAGUGGAGAAGGAGAAUGUGGCACUGGAAAUGGAGAAGAACCUGGGUCCCUCCCGGAGGUCUCCUGGGACCCCUCGGCCCCCAGGGGCCAGCAAGGGAGGCCGGAUCCCCCCUCAGCAUGGAGGCCGGGCAGGCAUGGGCCGGGCAGGCAUGGGCCGGGCAUCCCGCAGCUGGGAAGACAGUCCCGGGGAGCAGCCUCGAGGAGGAGCUGGGGGCCGCGGCCGGAGGGGUCGGGGCAGGGGGUCCCCUCAUCUCUCUGGAAAUGGAGAUGCCUCAACUGCCGACCGCAAAUCCAAGGAGUGGGAGGAGCGGCGCAAGCAGAACAUUGAGAAGAUGAACGAAGAGAUGGAGAAGAUUGCAGAGUACGAGCGCAACCAGCGGGAAGGCGUGCUGGAGCCCAACCCAGUGCGGAACUUCCUGGACGACCCCCGGCGACGCAGCGGGCCCCUGGAGGAGCCUGAGCGGGACCGUCGGGAAGGCAGCCGUCGGCACGGGCGCAACUGGGGGGGCCCCGACUUCGAGCGGGUGCGUUGUGGCCUCGAGCAGGACCGGCAGGGCCGCCGGGCCGGCCUGGGUGGCGCUGGGGACAUGACGCUCUCCAUGACGGGCCGAGAGCGGUCCGAGUACCUGCGCUGGAAGCAGGAGCGGGAGAAGAUCGACCAGGAGCGGCUGCAGCGGCACCGCAAGCCCACCGGCCAGUGGCGGAGGGAGUGGGAUGCUGAGAAGACUGAUGGCAUGUUCAAGGAUGGCCCAGCUGUGGCCCUGGAACCAUCCCACUGCUACGAUGACCAGGCCUGGGCCCGGCCUCCCAAGCCCCCCACUUUCAGGGAGUUCCUGUCCCAGCACAAAACUGAGGUCAGCCGCAGAAAGAGGAAGAGUGGCCGACCCCAGGCCAAGGCAGCUCCCCGUGCCUACAGUGACCACGAUGACCGCUGGGAGACGCAGGAGGCAGUGUCCGCAGCCCCUGAGCCCACACAGCCCGCUACCCCUGAGGAGGCGCCCACGCAGCCUCCCGAGAGCCCGGCCCCUGCCCAUCGGCCUCCCGAGGACGAGGGUGAGGAGGGCGAGGGCGGGGAGGGCGAGGGUGAGGAUGGGGAGGGCGAGGAGUGGGAAGACAUGAGUGAGGAUGCGGAGGAGGAGGAGAUCGAGGAAGAAGAAGAGGCUGACGAGGAGGGAGAAGAACCUGCCCGAGACCACCGACCCCACGAGGCUGAGCCCAGCGGGAGCCCCACCGGGAGCCCCACCGGGAGCCCCACCGGGGAACGUGGCGACGAAGAGCCCGCUAGGCCGGAGGAGCCUCUGCCGCUCCCCCAGGCCCCUGCCACGCCUUCCAGCCCCUUCUCGCCCACCGGGGGCCACCAGCCUGUGUCCGACUGGGGAGAAGAGAUGGAGCUGAAUUCUCCCCGGACCGCCCAUCCGGCUGACGCCCUCUCUCCAGGAGGUGACCAGCCAGCCCCUGCCUCCUUGAAGAGUGGGCCCAGCCUCCCAAGAAUCCAGAAAGCUGAAGAGGAGGGGUCUGAGGCAGCUCCAGCAGGUGGAAGCCGGGUUGUGAACCACGGACCUCCCCCAGGAGUGGGAUUAGGAUUUCGGGGCAGAGCCAAGGAAGGUCUGGUUAGGACUCAGAAGAGGCGGACCCUGAGGGCCAGGAGACGGCGGAGAUCACCGACUUCCAGAGGGCCUCCCCGAAUUCCUGAAGACGCUGCUGGGAGGGGACUGAAGCUUCCCCGCCUUGAUGGGGAGGGGGAGGCAGGAGGGGCUUAGUCUGGAUCUCCGGGCUGUGCUCUCUCCUCCCCGGAGCCCACUCCAUGGUUUUAGAGAGGGAGAUAUUGAGGGUGGUCGGGAGGAGAUGGGGAGGGGGCAUGACUGGUGUGUGGGGCGGAUCUGGAGCUUCGGGGUGUGAGCUUAGACCUCAGGACGCAAAGUAUGGAGAAGGAGGCACGUCCCCUGAGGGGGCGUGGUUAGGGUGUCUGGGUGGGGCCAGAAUUCUGGUGUACGGAGUUAAACCAUGGGACGGAGGAUGUUAGCAUGUGGGAUGGAACCACAAGAGCAGGUUUAGAUGGGAAUCCCUUAUGCCGGUGUGGGGCGCAGCCAGCGGCGGAGGGCGUGGUUUAGAAUGGGGUGCUCGAACUAGUGGAGAAAAGAGGUGGAGCCUGGACCGAAGAUGGGUGAGGGUAGAGGGAGAAAAGGGUGGGAUCGAAUGUCGGAGUAAAGUUUAGCUUGGAGAAACGCAAAUUACAACUGGGGCGGGACUGCGGCUAAGGAAGGGCGGGACUUAAAAGGCCUGAGCUUGGCAAGGGAGUGGCGGAGCUAGAUGCCUGGAAGGAGUCUGAGUUCCGAAAGGGGACGGGGUUAGGGCGCAGGGAGGAGGCAGAAAAGGGAGAGCGGAGCGAAGCGCCGGGGUGGGUAUAACCUCUGCCUGGCCAGCCUGGCGGGUGUCGGGACCUGCGUUUGAGAAAAAUCGAGAUACUGCGUGCUUGGGGCGGGCCCGGAGCCAGGUGGGGGCGGGGUCAGAACGCUGUGGUUAAGCGUUAGGUUGAUGAUGGUUGGCCGGAGGCUGAGGAGGCGGGCUUACAACGCGGAGGAGGCCCGCCC